UAUCACAUCAACAGUUCAUUUCAAACAUCGAACAAUGUCCAGCAGUUCGGACGUACUGGCCCUUCUGCAGCGUCCAUUGGAGCCAACUUUCUACCCGAAGGACGAUGGCAAAGUAGUGCUGGAAAUUCCAGACGAGUAUCUAACCGAUCGGUACCGUCCAAUUGGCGAUGAGCUUCAGAAAAGAUUUACCGAUAAUGUGGACAUUAGGAUUCCGGUCCGCAACGUUGGCACACCGGACAUAGCGUUUGCGCAAGUGAUCGAUCGUAGAGCAUCGUUUUCGUUGUUUAUUGAAAAGCAUCGUCAGAUAGCAGCAAAGUUGAUCGAGCUGUUCAUUCAGCAGCCGGAUGUUUCUUCGCUAAUUGGCGUCGCGUCGUAUUGCCGCGAUCGGUUGAAUGUGUUUCUGUUCCAAUAUGCCUUGGCUGUGGCAGUGCAGCACAGACCGGAUACCAACAGUGUGAACCUGCCGUCAAUUUUGGAGUUGUUUCCGGAUCAGUUUGUCGAUCCCGCAGUGUUUCCUAAACUGCGAGAGGAAGGGAAGGUUGUCAGUCAAGCGAAUAGAAUGGUUAUUGAGCUGCCGCAAAAUUUCACAGCGUCUGAUCGAGAGGAUGAGCAGCGAUUGGCAUACUUCCGAGAGGAUAUCGGCGUCAACAUGCAUCACUGGCAUUGGCAUUUGGUAUACCCAACGUCUGGUCCACGCGAAGUCAUUGACAAAGAUCGCCGAGGCGAACUGUUUUUCUACAUGCACCAGCAGAUUAUCCAUCGUUACAACGUGGAAAGGUUUUGCAAUCGUUUGGGUAAAGUGAAGAGCAUGCACAAUUUCCGAGAGCCCAUUCCGGAGGCUUACUUCCCGAAAAUGGUAAGAAGCUCCAACAACCGCCCGUAUGCAUCACGACCAAAAAAUUUCACCAUCAAAGACAUUGAUCGUGACGUCGAGGGGUUGAAGUUCACAAUCACCGAAAUGGAGCAGUGGAGGGAUCGGAUAUACGGCGCGAUCGAUGCCGGAUUCAUCGUUGAUGCAAGUGGCAAAAGAAUCCCACUGGAUGCGAAAACAGGAAUCGACAUACUUUCCAACAUCAUUGAAGCAUCGGACCUAUCGCUCAAUCCGAAACUUUAUGGUAAUUUACACAUCUCGGGUCACAUCGCUCUUGCCUACUGCCACGAUCCCGAAAAUCGCUACCUUGAAGACUACGGCAUCAUGGGAGAUGUGGCCACGGCUCAACGAGAUCCAACCUUCUACAAGUGGCACUCCUUCAUUGACGAUGUCCUUGUCCGCCACAAGGACACCUUUGACCCAUACACUUCCAAGGAUCUUUCCUUUCCAGGAGUUACCAUUUCCAGUCUAAGUGUAACACUGAAUCGACCGAAAGCACCACAAAACAUACUUCUGACCUAUUGGCAACGAGCACAAGUUGAUUUGGCAUCCGGGUUGGACUUCGGACCUGACGGAAACGUGUUCGCUUCCUUCACUCAUCUACAGCACGCUCCCUUCGUGUACAACUUUGAAGUACAGAACGCGAACAGCUCCCCAGUUCGUGGAAACGCUCGCAUCUUCAUUGCCCCCAAAACGGACGAUCGUAAUACGCCUCUGAAGUAUAGCGAGUGGAGGGGUUACGUUCUGGAAUUGGAUAAAUUCGUUCUAACUUUAAAUCCAGGAUCCAAUCGAAUCACUCGUAGGUCGGAUCAAUCGAGCGUGACUGUCGCCUUCGAUCGCACCUUCCGUCAAAUCAAAUCAGACAAAGAUCUUCCGAAUAAGGCCGAUCUGGAGAGAUUCCGUUUCUGCGGCUGUGGCUGGCCCGACCACAUGUUACUUCCCAAAGGGACACCGGACGGUAUGCGUUUCGAUUUGUUCGUCAUGAUUUCCAACUAUGCCGAUGAGGAUAUUGGGCAGAAUAUUGAUGCGGCAGAUCCAGCACUUUGUGACGAUUCGCACUCUUUCUGCGGCUUGCGUGAUCAGAAAUACCCGGAUGGCCGAUCCAUGGGAUUCCCGUUCGAUCGAAAAUCGCCCAGCACGGUUCAAACGGUUCAGGACUACGUUGCCCCGUACCCGAACAUGCGGACUACUGACAUCACAAUCAAAUUUACCAAUACGGUCAUUGCGAGAACGUGAACCAAGCGAGCUUUGAUGCAGUAAUUAAGCUUUUUCUGUCAUGUUCAUUAAUUAGCUACUCGGAGAGAAAGAAACUGCACUUAUUUCUGAUGCUUUGAAUAAAAUCUUAUAUUUGCUCCCUUUGGCAUUAGAGCGUCAUCAAAGAGAA